CGCUCCCUCGCGCAGCCAGUCAGAGAAGGGAUGCUCUGAACGCAAGACUGCAGCAUCUUCACCGAGAGAAGGAGCAGGAAAAAAACUCGUUCUCUUUCUCUGUGUUUCCUCCAACUCCGCGUCUCCGGACCCUCUCACCCACCGUCACCCUCCGUCACCCCGGGGUGUCUGCAUGAUCGGAGCCAGGACAGGAUAAGAAGAAAGAAAUUAUCUAAUAGCCUACAAUAACCCACCGGAUUUUUUGUAUUGCUUCACCGACCUUUCUCUUCUUUCUCCGGUUGAUUUCACCUCUUUGUCUUUCGGUAUUGUUUUUUUUGUUUUGUUUAUUUAUUGUUGCGGAGGAGCGCCACCAUCCUGCACUGCCCUGACAUGAGUACGCUCUUUUAUGUGUUUGCAGCGGAAUGACACACAUAUCCUAGCCCACAUAUCAGAAGCUUGAUGGAAGAUUGAUGCUCCAUUUGCACGUUUUCAGUAGCCUAGAUCAUCAUCCAUCUGCAGAGGUUCCGGAUUUUCUCCCCCCCUCUGACUCGAUCAUCCGCCGCUCCGUUUCUUUCUCUGUCCCUGCGCAGCAUCUCGGUACGCACGCGCGCACCACGGAGAAACGCGCAGCUAACCUUCCCCCGUCCGUAAGAAACAGGCGUAUUUUUCCAAUUCCCAGAAUCGCUUUCGCCUUCUCCAAGGACUCAUCUGCACGGCUACGCUGCGUAAAAAAACGGGAAAAGGGGGGAUUUAAACGCAAACGCAGCCCAAGCAUCCAAGAGCAAGCUCGAAAAUGAUGGCCGGCGGAGCAGUACAGCAAAACGGGAUUUUUUCAAAUCCUCACCAUCACAAUCAACAACCACACAUGGAGUCCGACCCUCCGGACUCACGUAAAAGACCCCUGGAGACUCCCACGGAGGCCAGCAGCACCAAACGCACAAACACAGGAGUGGCCUUCCUGCAGCCCCUUUUUGAAACUGAAGGCAUUGUAUUCCCUCAACAAGAAACUGAGACUCAUGAGGAAGGCGAGUACUUCCUGAAGGUUCUGAUUCCCAGCUAUGCGGCGGGCUCUAUCAUCGGUAAGGGAGGUCAGACCAUCGUCCAGCUGCAGAAAGAGACCGGAGCCACCAUCAAACUGUCCAAAUCCAAAGACUUCUACCCAGGAACGACAGAGCGGGUGUGUCUGAUCCAGGGCACGGUGGAGGCGCUGAACGGAGUCCAUGACUUCAUCGCUGAGAAGGUGAGGGAGAUGCCUCAGAGCACCCAGAAGACAGAGCCGGUCAGCAUCCUGCAGCCACAGACCACCGUCAACCCCGACCGCGUCAAACAGGCCAAGCUGAUCGUCCCUAACAGCACGGCGGGGCUGAUCAUCGGUAAAGGUGGAGCGACAGUGAAGGCGGUGAUGGAGCAGUCCGGGGCGUGGGUCCAGCUAUCCCAGAAACCCGAGGGCAUCAAUCUGCAGGAACGGGUGGUCACCAUCAGCGGGGAGCCCGAGCAGAACCGCAAAGCCGUGGAGAUCAUCGUCCAGAAGAUCCAGGAGGACCCACAGAGCUCCUCCUGCCUCAACAUCUCCUACUCCAACAUCACAGGCCCCGUCGCCAACUCCAACCCCACCGGCUCCCCGUACGCCAACUCCACCGAGGUGAUGCCGUCCGCGGCCGCCGCUGCAGCAUCCGCCGCUUCUUCUCUGCUCGGCCAGGCUAGCUUGGCCGGGGUCGGGGCCUUCCCCACCACCAUGUCCAGCUUCUCAGGCAACGACCUGCUGGCCAUCACCUCCGCCCUCAACACCCUGGCCAGCUACGGCUACAACACCAACUCCCUGGGCUUGGGUCUGAAUCCCGCGGCAGCCUCAGGAGUGUUAGCAGCGGUAGCAGCUAAUGCUAACCCAGCAGCAGCCGCCGCAGCUAAUUUGUUAGCAUCCUAUGCCAGUGAUGCAUCCACCAGCGCUCACCAAGCUCUCGGGGGCUUCUCUCUGGGAUCCUUGGCUGCCGCAGGAGCCACCAACGGCUACUUGAGCGCCGCGUCGCCCCUGUUGGGGUCAUCUCUACUGGCCCAGGAGAAGCUGGGAGAAGGAGCAAAGGAAGUGGUGGAGAUUGCCGUGCCAGAAAACCUGGUGGGAGCCAUCUUGGGGAAAGGAGGGAAGACGCUAGUGGAGUACCAGGAGCUGACUGGCGCCAGGAUCCAGAUCUCCAAGAAAGGCGAGUUCAUCCCUGGAACUCGGAACAGGAAGGUGACCAUCACGGGGUCUCAGGCCGCCACGCAGGCUGCACAGUACCUGAUCAGCCAGCGAAUCACCUACGAGCAGGGGGUACGUGCCACCAACCCACAGAAGGUGGGCUAAACCUGACAGCCAAUGAGAAACGAGGAGGAAAAGAGGGGAAAAAAAGAGUGGGGGCUUGGGGGAGGAGUUUAAAAAAUUGAAAGUGAGAAUGGAAAAAGGAGAGGAGAGCAAGAAUGUCAGAAGGAAUCGUCCGCGCCGUUUUCUUCUGCGUGUUUUCAGUAUUCUCUAUAAAAAAAAGAAAUGUUGACGCGAAGCAAAAAUGUGCUGAGAAGACGAGGAGGGAAUGGAGCGAGUUAUCACGCUGAAAAACCAAGAAAAAAAUGUGUAACUAAAUGUGUAAAUAAGGUUUUAUUACUUAACGUCUUGACCUUUCGGGAUUUUUUAUUGUUUUGUUUUAUUGUUUUGAUUAGUAAAUUAAGCUGUCUGUU